AUGCUCAAAAAUCCAGUCACCAUAAAGAGAAGGCCCCUCCUCCAUGUCAUAAACUUCCUGUUGCCCAUCCUGUUCUUCCUCUCCCUGGAUCUCGCCUCCUUCUUCAUCUCGGACCAUCGAGGGGAGAAACUGGGCUUCAAAGUCACGGUUCUGCUGGCCAUUUCUGUCCUCCUGGUCAUCCUUAAUGACAUUCUGCCUGCCAUGUCCAACAGGACUCCACUGAUAGCAACCUACUGCAUUGUGAUUUUCGCUCUGAUGCUGCUGAGUCUUUUGGAGACGAUCCUGGUCACGUAUCUGAUUGAAAAAGAUGAGUUCAGCCCACAGGAGAACCAGGAGAGCAAGCAAAAACAUACUAAAACUAAGAAUUGUGACAAAGGUGAGAAGCAUCAGAUCAGUAAGUCUCACAUCAAUGCAUUGGUGCCCAACUUGUAG